UUGUCAUUUCACGCAGAAGAUGCUCCUGGCGUAGCCUAUGUUUUUCCAUUCUUUUUUUACGCGGACGCAUUGAUUUUUGUCUUGUGCGAGAUGACGGGCGUUUUGACCCUGUGAUGUCUCGGUGUUCUCUCGCAGAAAAGAGGGGGAUGUUUUCACAGUGUACCUCGCUCCUGCCACCUGAGCCACUUAUCUGCGGGCGGGAGGCGAACGAAUUAAACUCAAGCAGAGCGUCCACUGGUCAAUAACGCAGGUGUAUUUGUGGCGCACUGGAAUCCACGACGCACACUGAACCGAGCGUCUAACCUGCGCUUUACAAGAGACCCGGGGGGUGUUGGCCUAUGAAUGGGACCGCACCGUGCCCGCUGCAGCUGCCUCUGCCCCUUCUGCGACUAUGAGGUUCCCGGCCGCCAUUUUGAAUGCACUGGCCCGUGGCUUGCGAGAACAGGGAGGGCGGGGCGGGAGGCAGAGGACGAGGUGGCGGCAGUGGGGGCAUGUCUCCGCCGUUCAAGAUCGCGGUGCUGGGAGCGCAGGGUGUGGGCAAGACCGCCAUCGUGCGCCGCUUCCUCUGCGAUGACUACAGCGAGACGCCCUCGCCCAACCACGCCCGCCGAGUGUACCUGUCAGCGGCCGUCCUCAACGGACACGUGCACGACCUCCAGAUCACCGACUACCCCGCCAUUCCUGCCUUCCCCGGCAGCAGUCUACAGGAAUGGACGGACUCCUGUUGCAGAGGAAUCCGCAGCGCCCAUGUCUACAUCCUGGUUUACGACAUCUGCUGCUUUGACAGUUUCGAAUACGUCAAGACCAUGCGCCAGCAAAUCCUAGAGACCAGGGUGCUGGGCACGGCGGAGACACCCAUCCUGAUCGUGGGGAACAAGCGGGACCUGCAGCGCGGGCGGGUCAUCCCCCGGCACAACGUGUCGGACCUGGUGCGCAAGAGCUGGAAGUGCGGCUACGUGGAGUGCUCGGCCCACUUCAACUGGCACAUCCUGCUGCUGUUCAGCGAGGCCCUGCGCAGCGUGGGCUGCAGCCGCUGCAAGCACGUCCACGCCACCAUCCGCUUCCAGAGGGCUCUGCGCCGGGAGCGCUGCGUCCUCAUGUGA